CACUUUACGCUGACCACAAUGGAAAAACGUUCAAUCGCCUUACUCCUCAGCUUAACCCUUGGUCUCGUAUUUAACUUCACGUCGGCUGCUCAAGUUUCGCACUGCAUCUAUGGAACUACAGUAAAAGAUCUGCUCAAGUUAGCCGGGAUUAGGGGAGCAGACUUGCUGUCCUAUGUUGCAAAACUGAAAGCCCACAACAUAGAUCAAUCUGUGCUUACCAGUCUUACAUUACAACAACUUCAUGACAUCGGUAUUAUAGCGCUAGGAGAUCGUAUCAAGAUUCACAAUUUCUUCUCAAAGGACCCCAACGAUUGUUCUAAUUCAAGCUGCAAAAACAACGGUAUUUGUCGGGAUGGUUUUCGUUGCUUUUCGUGCAUUUGCGACCCUAAGAACGGAUAUUACGGCCCGGGUUGUGAGCUCAAGUGUCCUUGCCAUAACGGUGGUAUUUGUAAGACAGUACCAACUGGCUUCAAAUGUGUCUGUCCGCCAGGAUACUCGGGUGAUUUAUGUAAAACCAAGUAUUUAACUGAAGAGAGAGUGGUGAAACUCGAGGAAACAUUAAAACAGGUAAAUAUGAAUGUUUUACCACUCUGAAGCGGAUGGAAAGCCUCAACAGGUUAAUCCUGCGCAUAGUAAGAAUUUUCCAGUUCCGGGUGAAUAAGUUCUUAAGUAUUUGAUCAAAAUAUUAAGUUGUAUUUCAUGACUCUAAUGUCUGCACUCAAUCCGGUACAAGUAUACAUUUUCACUUACAUAACUAUUAUUAGAACCUUUUCCAAAUUUCAGGGUGAAUUGGUUCUGUCAAAAAUGGGUGUCUAUUAAAUGGCAAUUUUCAGGCUGUAUAUAGGUUCUUAAUCUGCUAGGUUUUUAUAUAUGCGAGAUUUUACUGUAGCUUUAAAUAAUGCCUAUAUAAGCGUUAUGUUUAAUUUUACGGAAGGAAAACCGGAGAACCCGAGAAAAAACCUUGGAAGGAAAGGAGAGAAUCAAGCAGAAGUUACCCGUAUUAAAGUAAACUCCUGCUCUCGACCUGCAGUAGCAGCUAGGUUAACCUCUGAAGGUAAUGGACAGUGCUUCAAAUCAAGCCUGGAUAAAUCAUAUGGGUAAACAUACUACCAUAUUUAGGGAGCAUCAGACUGGUAGCGGCGGACCAAAACGGUAACGACCCGCUAACAGUAUUUUAACCUUCCUAAGACUCGACACUACACAUAGUUAACAUAAGUUGAUUUCUUCAGUUAUUUAACUUCCGUAAAAGCAAGUCACAGUUUGUUUCAUGUUGUUUACGUAGGUAUUCAUGCGUGCUCGACCAGUCCACAAAAGCCAAAACAGCAAAAUAUUCACUGUGUUUAAAAAACUCAUUAAUAAUUCAGGAGGAAAACACAAAGAAAAUCUUAAGCGUGUCGUAUCUUUAUAUGUGAUAAAAAAUCAUGUUAAUUUACAUAAACUUUAGCUUUGAUUUUCUCGGUUUAGACAAAGUUUAUUUUAAAAAUUACUUCGGCAAUGAACUCAUAUAAGAUGAGUAGUUUUUUAAGCCAUUUAAAGCACUUGUAGUCGUGUUUUAUCACAUAUAAAACAUUCAGCUGCGCCUCACGUUUUAUAUCUGAUAAAACACUCCUACGCGUGCUUUAAAUAGUACAUAUCUAAUUUGAAUACGUGAACCUUUGUUUAAAAUGCUGAAGGAAGUUUAAGUUACAUGAAUGCCAUGCCAUUACGUCCAUUGCGUCAAGGCGGAAAUAUAAGAAAAUGUUUCACUUACAUAAAUAUUUUAUGACUUUCUUUCAUCCAAAAUACAAAACUGACAAAUGUAACUCCAAAUAUCGAUAACAUUUUUAUAUUUAUCAACAAUUCGACUACAUUUCAGUCAAGCGUCCUAGCUGUGCAAUUCAAAGCCAAAGUGGUUUGGUCCAAGCCCAACUUUGGCUUGCGUUUUUGUAGUGUAAACAAACUUUGCCUAACCUAGGCUAAAAAAUCUGGCCCACUACAAUAAUCAGCUGCAUGGCCACAGAAGUCCAAGUGCCUAUUUCAAAAGGAUACCCAUAAAUCCUGUAGUCAAUACCAUGUAACAAUCAGUAAUCUGUUAUAAAACGUGGAUCCGCAAUUGCAAAAUUUGCGUAAAAGGGGGAAAAUCGGAAAUAAAAAAAUAAAACUGCGAAUACAAAGUUACCCUGGGAAACAAGUUGCCUAAAACUUAGAUAUAGAACAUUCUAAUUUGCAUCAAUAAUUUCCGAUUUUUUAUUUGAACAGCUAACAACCAGACUGAAGCAAACCGAACAAGAGCUCAAGAAUCAGAAGGUUCAGAUUAAAGAUCUUCAAGCACGUCCUGUAGGAUCAUGGCGAUUACAACGAACAAAUGAGGUAUACUAACUUCCCCAAUGUCAAUGAAGUGACUUCGCUCAAAAUGUCGAAGUUUUCUUGUAUUUUUCAGGUAGUUGAAUCCCUAUCCAUGAACUAGAGGUGUGCAUCGGGUUGGACGUUUAUAAUCCGACAAUUGGCUAAUGUUUAAAAUCCGAUCUGAAAUUGUCUAAUCCGAAUCCGAUCCGAGUUGUGAUAAAGAAUUUCAAUCCGAUCCGGUCCGAAGAAUCCUUUAACAAAAUAAAUUUCUCAUUCAAGUUGAAAUAUUUAACCAAAUAAAUAUAAAAACAAGAAAUACAUGUCAAGAAGCUGACAAAGUGACGUCCAAUUGAAGUAUCAAACGAAAAAUGCAGCGACAACCGCGAUAAUGCUUUGAUAAAUGCAUGGCUAAUUAAUUCUUGCAAUAAUGCGUGGAUAAUUAAUUCAUUUUAUUUCGAAUAUCAAAGUCCGAUCCGUUCCGACUACGAAACAACUUUAUCAAUCCGAUCCGAAAUGUAUAUAUUUUGUUCCGAAAUCCGAACGAAUCCGAUCGGAUCGGCACACCUCUACCAUGAUUUUGGCACGACCUACGCUAGCACAGAUCGUUCGUGUUUAUAUCAAAGACUACAGUUAACCUCGUACCCAGGCUAUUUUCUCUCACACUCUGGUGCCACGGCUACCCUGGCGGGUACGAGGAUAGACUACAAUAUGUCUAUAGUACCACCGAAAAACGACCUUUUACACUUAAGUUAAACCACACAGACUGCAUGAUUUAUCUUAUCAUAUGUACAUUUAUUAUACUGUAAAGUUUAUUCUUAAGACAGCUGAAGCCAGAAAGGUGCAAGUAAGGAGUAGUACGGCGAAGAGACCAUUAAUUCUGCUAAUGUAAUUCUAUAAAUGGUCGGUGAUCAUGUAUUCCUGAUUGAAUUUUAUUGUUUUCAAAGAUAUUAGUAGCAAUGGCAAUUAAAGUGGCAAUGGCGAAACCUAUAGGCUGCUCAAUGCAAAUAUUAAAAGGUUCUUUGAACAACGUAUCAAAGUUUUCUUUCAUCAAAGCACGUGAAGAACACCUGUAUGAGGAUAAGUAUAAAUAUGUAGCACUGUGUAUAUUUGUUGUGUUAAGCAGCCCGUUUCUAAAGUCCGGAUGAUGGUCGUAAUAUAGAGGUUGGACCAAAUGGGCGUUUUCCAAGGACAGUGAUAUAUAUUUAUAUAGAUAUAUUUACACUUAUCCUCAUCAGACCUCAAAGUUGGAUUAAGUGGAGAUGACGACAGUGCAAUCACAGAAUCCUCAAUUAGUUAACCAGUCUAUACACUACUGGAAAAUUACUUUUCUCAUUUUUGCUUUUCUUUUUUUAUUCAGAUUCUUAAUCAACUUGAGAAGAUUCAAUUGCAUCGAACAACACCAACAUAUACCCAGAAGCUGCCCAUCAUUCUUCCUAAACACACACAGGCCAUUCUCAUUUCAGUUUAUUGUCAUUUCUGGAACAGCAAUGGUCAUGCAUAUUUGAAUUAUGUCACGUACCAGAAAGGCAACGACAACACAGCCGCUAAAGCAGAAGGCUAUAACACUCAUUACAGAGUUUAUGCCAACACAUUCCUGUAUGAACAAAUGAUUCCUUGGAACAGUACCCUUCCCAAUGAGUUGAUAUUCAAAGUGACAAAUUCCUAUCGUACUGGUGGUAAUAACAACUGGUAUCGUGUACGUUUGGUUGGUUAUAUGACCUCUUAAUAAAAUGGAACUUUCAGUAAAGUUUGGAUUAAAAACUCACUAGGGAUUUAGUAGUCAACUAGUUUGGGAUAAAAACACACUAAGGACUUUGUAGUUUAAGUCAUUACAAACUAAUAUUGAAAUAAUGAGAUAAUUCAAGGUAAAGGAUACAUGAAAACAUGUGAUUCCACAAGUAUUUUUGCAAAAAGUUAUAUAUCUUUCUUAAUAAAUUAGAAAAUCUCUUUUAAUGUAAAACAAUACUGAAUUAAAAUGUCAAUUUGGAAUAUGGUUGCUAUUGACACAAAAAGUAGGGAUACUCAUUAAAUGAAUAUUUUCUUGCCUAACCUUUCAUUAGUUUCAAGCACAACGUGCUAGGUGGACGGUGCGCGUUGUAGCUGCGAUAGAGUCUCACUCAUUCUUUCAAACAUUCUAGGUAAAAGUUCACGAUGAGUAUCACAACACUGAUCCACACAAGUGUUCAUGUCUUCCUGUAGUUUACUGGCUUCAGAUUGCGUUGUUUUGACGCUUACUCUAUCCUGAAUUUUAUCUUGACAUGAUUUAGCACAUCGCGAGAGACGAUCCUUGAGAACAGAAAGUAAAAUUAUGUUACUACUUAGGUAGAAGGUUUGAAAACUGCAGGAAAUGACA